AUGGAUGCGUCUUUUGAUAUACACGACUCCUCCGACUGGCUUUCCACGCCGCUCUCCAGUCUCGCUCUCGUUGAAUCGGCGCUCCGCUGUCAAGAAGUGAAACUAAGACAGAACUGGGCUGUAGGAGAACUGGUGGAUUCGUUUAAGAAAGCUAGGAAAGGCACCCUAGAAUUUGCUAGGAAUGCAUCGAAGAGUGUUGAGGAGGGGUUUCCAGACGGCAUAACUCCAAAAAAGCGGAGGAUAGAAGAGCUUGAGGGAGAUGUGGCCCAAGGCACAAGAAGGAGCCUCAGGAGAACUACGUCGCAAAGUAGACAACAAGACGACACGGUUGUUAUUGAAGAUAGUGAAGAUGAUGAAUGCCAGAAAAACGACGGGCUUGUGGCUUGCCCAAUCUGCCAUCGCAGAAUGAAGGAAGUAGUUGUAUUUUCACACUUGAACAACUGCCCCGGACCUUCAUCGCAGAAUGAGCUAGGCCAAAGAAAAAGUUUUCUCCACUCUAAUCCACGCUGUGAACGGCUGCCCACCAUAAACUAUUCUAUGAUGAAGGAUAACGUUCUUCGAAAAAAGCUAAGAGACAUGGGCUUAGCUGACUCGGGGCCUAAACCACUUCUUCAAAGGCGACACACAGAAUGGUUAAAUCUGUGGAAUGCGAAUUGCGACUCAAAAAACCCAAAAUCGAAACGAGAAUUGCUUCGCGAGUUGGAAAUAUGGGAACGCAGUCAAGGCCAAGCGUCACAUCUUCGUACCCAAACAAAUACAAUCAUGCGAAAGGAUUUUGAUGGAGCUGCCUGGUCAGCCGCCCAUGGCGAGGAUUUCAAAAUACUCAUUGACAACGCUCGGAAGCACCAUGAAACCGGGGCGAGUUCCAAAGAUUCGGAAAUUCUGCCAACGGGCAAUGAUGAUAAUUCCCGAGUAUCAAUGGUUACCCGUAGCGAACCUCUCCCAAAAGCUAGGGGUCGGAGUUUUGACGGUAAAGAGGGUUCGAAUAAAAGUAUGGUCCAAGAUAGCACCAUUGAGAGUAAAAAAUCAGACCAACAUGCCAACUCUGAAUGCGGAAGCCAACCCCUUGCUGUCGAAGAUGCGGCUGCCCGAUAG